AUGACGCCAACGUCAUUCGCCGGAGUCGUCAUUGCGGCCAGCGGGAACAUCCCGGGUCAGAGACACGAAGCCAUCAAACGCAUGGUUGAAGACUGCGGGGCAACAUUCGAAAAAAAUGCCAGCAAUUACUGCACCCACCUUGUCACCACACAGAUCCAUGUCGAUAUCACAGGCAGAAACGUGUGCAUGCUCAAAAUGAACACCAGUUGCGAGAUCGUCAGUUUUGGUUGGCUGUUUCAAUCUAUUCUAGAAAAGCAUCCUGUCAAUACCGAGGCCUAUUUGCUCACACCGACUGCAAACGUGGGCUUAGCGGUAUCCCAGCCCAAAGAAGAAUUUGAAGCCGUCACAGAGAGCAAUAAACGAAAAUAUGGGCCCGAAUCUGACAAACUCAAUGGGCUCCCGAAAAAGCGAAAGAGCAACAUACGGGUCUAUCACAGACAAUUGGCCGCCCUCGUGGACGACCAAUAUGACAGGAAAGGGGCAGACGUAGCCAUUUGGAUGGACGAACAUUACGUGAGAUGGGAUGCGACUGUGGUCAGCAAUCUAUCGGAGCUCCCAACAGCCAUGGUCAAUACGCGUGCACCGGGUUAUAUGAUCCCAACAGCCAUGAUCAAUACGCGUCCACCGGCUAAUAUGAUCCCAACAGCCAUGGUCAAUACACCUGCACCGGCUUACAAAGUUGAAACUCAUCGCCUGCAACUUCUUUACAAUUUCCACACCGGCAGUUAUCGCACCUGGUUCCGGUUGGUCGAUGAAGGGUCUAAUCAUGGAGAACUUUAUGGCUGCGGCGAUGUGGUCUCAGCAAAGUCCGAAUUCAAGAGACUAUUCAAGAGACUGACUUCAGUAUCCUGGGAGAAGCGUCACUCUAUCUCGAAAGAGAAGCCAUUUGUCUUUAUUCAGCCUUCUUUUCGGGAGGAGCAGAAUUGUGUUCCACUAGCCGACCAGGCAGAGGUCCGGUACAAGCUCCCUACGGGAGUGCCGAAGGUGCUGAAUCUGCUUUUUGGCCACAGUAACAGAUCAGCAGUCCAUCAAUUCUUCAAAGAUGUGGCUAUCAGUCGAGUCAAGACGGUCGACGAAGUUCAGCUCAGUGACCAUACCCUACGAACUGGCAUUGCCAUUCUAAAAAGAAUUACAACACUCUUAACAGAGACUCCCAAGAUCAGGGGAACCCGCAGCAGGUCGUCCGAGCUAGUCCAGUCAGAACUGGUGAAUUACCUGAGCCAAUGCUAUCGUGGUUUAAUGUGGAUCGGAAAAUCUUCAGCCUCCCACCCAGGACAUGCCAACCUUGACUGGGUUAGGCACGAGCUUCAGGAUGUUCAUCUUUUGCUUAACCUGCGAGUUGCUCUGGAAAUGACCCAAGCGUGGGAAAAAACUCUCAAGCGUGAGAUGAUGCAACAAGCAUUUCAAACACUGGACUUGGAUGAGAUAAAACAAGUUCGAAAGCGCAGCAUGGAGUACGAGGUUUUAGCUACUUACCUCAAAGGGUCAGUGGGGUCACUUCAUUCAAUCCAAUACAAAGAGAUCCUCAAUAUUUUCCGUAUUCGGCGGCGCGGAGAACACGAAAGACUCUGUAAAUGGAGGUCAGAGAAUAAAGACAAAGUCGGUGGCGGACUCCUGCUUUGGCACGGCUCAGGGUGUGAAAAGUUCAUCGGAAUCCUGAGUCAGGGACUCCGCGUUCGUCUUUUCGAGAGAAGUUCCCAAGGCAUGUUCGGCGCGGGAAUCUAUUUUGCCGACAUGUCUGGCAAGUCUGCCCGAUACUGCAGUGGGCCUGGUAAGUCGGUGUUUAUGCUGCUUUGUGAAGUCGAUGUUGGGCGGGACCCCGUUCACUAUGACUCUAGCGAUACCAACGCAGAGACAACUUUGCGCCGUCAGGGCAAAGUUGGGCUUAUUGCCCGUGGCCGCUCGGGUCAUAUGAAGUGGAUGGACGCUGAGGCUGUCCAUCGUGACCUCAGAGGUGUCAGCAUGCCCGACGUUUCUGCUGGGGGGAAGACCCUCCUAGUUCAUGCACUUGCAUACAACGAAUAUGUGGUCUACGACCCGGCUCAGAUCCGGCAGCGAUAUUUAUUCCACGUACAGACCAGCUAA